ACUGGUGUCAUAAUUCAUCAAAGAAUUUAUAAUUCAAAAAAUUUCAGUACAUGCAAAUAUUCAAGUUCUAAAAUCUAGACGAGGGUAUGUAAAUAAUAAAAUCUCCCUACGAUAUUUUCUUCAAGCAGUUUCGAGAACAUUUGACAUUGAGAUAUAAACGGUCCAGAACGGUGUUGAAAAAUGGAUUUGGAUUCUGAUGAUGAGAGUAUUAUUGAGGAAGACUUCUACUCAUUUUUAAAUAUACCAAAAGAGGCUAGUAAAGAAGAGAUUAACAAUGCAUAUAGACGUCUCAGUAGAAUCUACCAUCCUGAUAAACACAUGGACCCGUCAUUGAAAGCUAAAGCUGAAGUAAUGUUCAACAAAGUCAAAAGAGCUUAUGAAGUACUUUCGGAUCCCCACCAAAGAGCAAUUUAUGAUUCAUUAGGAACUAAAGGUCUUGAAACAGAAGGUUGGGAGUUGGUGCAAAGGACUAAAACUCCAGCUGAAAUAAGGGCAGAAUAUGAAAAACUAGCUGAAGAAAGAGCUGAAAGAAGGAAGAAUCAAGCUACUAAUCCUUCAGGAAAUGUUACUAUAGCUGUUAAUGCAACUGACUUAUUCAACCCAUAUUAUGAUGACCUAAUAGAUGAUGAAUAUGAAAGCGAUUUUAUAUCCGGUAUACCUAACAUCGAGGUGUCUUCGAUGCAGUUCUCCCAAUCGGUGGAUUUUCCUUUAACACAAAAAGACAAUUGUACGUUAUCGGGUCAGCUGCAAACGCAAAAUGGAACGGGGCAGGGUGGCGUAAAUUUGGGCUGGCGUCACAUAUUCUCGCACAAAAGCUGGGCCGAAAUGGAGUUAACUGCAGGAAGUGGACCUGCAGUAUCAUUCAAAGGAUUUAGGACGUUGACGAAAAGGUUUUUCUGGAAUGGGGGUACGAUUUUGCAGUUCACGCCUGAAGGAAUACGACCAGGAAUAAUGUCAACAUUAGCCAUGCAGAUUGACAAACAUUCAGUUGGCUACUUAUCCUAUCAUGGCGGUAUCAGAUCGCUAUUUUCAACACAGCUCAUUAGAGAUACAGAAUAUAACCGUUAUAAUUUCUCUAUACAAGUGGGUUUGCCACAUUCUCAUGUCCUUCUACAGUAUACAAGAAAAAUGAUGAACCAAGAACUGAAACUGAGAAUUGCAGUGAAAGCAGGUACGUUUGGAGGUGUUAUCGAAUAUGGCGCAGAAAAGAAAAUAUCGAAGCAUAGCAAUUUAGCAUUUUCUGUAGUAUGUGGUGUACCAUCUGGUGUUAAACUUAAAAUCAGGUUGACCAGGGCUUCCCAAACAUACUCCUUUCCUAUUCAUCUUUGCGAGGAAAUAAUGCCAGCUCCAGUGUUUUAUGCCACAGUUGUGCCUUUAGUAGUAUAUGUUGUUGUGAAAAAAGGCUUUGUAGAGCCUUUCUUGAAAGAAGAGAAGUCUAAGAAAGUGGAAAAACAAAAGCAAAACAAUUACAAUAAGCUUGUGGAGAAACGAAGGGAGGCUAUGGCAGCUCAGGACCUGAUGAACGCUACUUACAAUAGAAAUAGAGAUGAGGAAAGUAACAAAAAGGGAUUGGUGAUUAUCAAAGCCAUCUACGGGAGGAUAAUGAGAGACACGAAUCAGCAGCAUGGGGAUGCAGAAUUGUCGAGUGAGGUGCUCGAUGUAACUAUUCCAGUACAAUGUCUAGUCAAAGAUAGUAAACUAGUUAUACAUGAUCGUACAAAGAGUGAAUUGCCAGGUUUCUUCGAUCCAGCAUUAGGGGAAGAAAAAAUGUUACACAUUAUUUAUAACUAUCAUGAUCAACCCCAUGAAGUGACGAUAGCAGACAAUGAUUCUCUGAGGUUACCAAAAACUGCACAUCGGACAAACAUUACAUAGUACUAUGGAAAAGUGACAUAGUGGGAAAAUAGACAAGUUGAAUAAUUGAAUUGGUAGAAAAAAAAACUGAUUGGUACAUGUUUGUCAUUUGUUUGUACCAAUUGUGUUCAAAUUGUUUUAUUAAAAUGCAUUUGUUUUG